AUGUUAUUAGAGAGAUUCAAACAAUAUUUGAUCAACAAUCAAAAAAGGCUGUAUUAGCUGAGUGCAAAAAUAAAAUACCAACAAAAGGUAUACCAACUAUAAUGGACAAAUACUUUCCUAAGUUAGAUAAGAUGUUGAAAGAAUGUCUCACACUACAAAUACUUCAGAAACAACAAGAUCAAAUGGCCCAGUCAAUAUGCUAUGAUGCUGUAUUAGUUGAUAAUUG